AUGAACCGCUGGUGGACGAAUUGGCAGAAACUAAUGGAAUCCCAUCCAGAAGAAGAAGGCAUCCUUCUAUUUCUACUCUACAUUCUACACACCUAUAUUUCCAAGUAUUGCGAUUUCCGUGAACUUAUCAAUGAUGCUGUUUCUACAUUGCAGAAAUUAGACGACGAACGUCCACAAAUCGAAACACAACUGCAACGACGACAGUUACAAUUCGAACCCUAUACGGAAUCAGAGGCCAAUUCCCAGCAGUUCUCCGAACCGUUAUCAACAUUCCCCAUCCCACAGCUUACUGCUGUUUCAUCCGUUCAAGUACAUACUCCUAUCCAGCAUGUGGAACCUUCCAAUUUACCUUUUGUGGAUGCAAGUACUCUCUGUUACCUCUGCGAAUUAUUCAGUAGCCGUCGAAAUUCUCAAGAAUCAUUUCGACGGUCAUGUCACAACGAGGCAUAUUCUCUACACUCGUCUAGCCUUUCUUCCACCUUGCGACAAAAAUGGACGAAACCUUUUCUCUCUCUACUCUCAAAUGUUCGCCCUUGUACGUCAGUUACCACAUACGAGGACGGCUCAAAAGAAUACGCUCUUGGAGCAAUUCUACUAAAUAAACUUCCUCGACGUAUUUGA